AUGCUGGAGGAGGAGGAGCGUAUGUUGUGGUCAGAGAGUGUGGAGGAGGAGGAGGAGCAGGAGCGUAUGCUGGAGGAGGAGGAGCAGGAGCGUAUGUUGUGGUCAGAGUGUGUGGAGGAGGAGGAGGUGUGUAUGUUGUGGUCAGAGUGUGUGGAGGAGGAGGAGGAGGAGGAGUGUAUGUUGUGGUCAGAGUGUGUGGAGGAGGAGGAGGAGGUGUGUAUGUUGUGGUCAGAGUGUGUGGAGGAGGAGGAGGAGGUGUGUAUGUUGUGGUCAGAGUGUGUGGAGGAGGAGGAGGAGGAGGAGUGUAUGCUGUGGUCAGAGUGUGUGGAGGAGGAGGAGGAGGAGGAGGAGUGUAUGCUGUGGUCAGAGUGUGUGGAGGAGGAGGAGGAGGAGGAGGAGCGUAUGUGGAGGCAAUGA